GAGUCCCCACCAAAACAUUUCUUACCAAACCAAACAAGGUAACAAAAGUCUCCCUUCUCUCUCUCACAUCUCUACUUUCCCUCAAGUUCAAAAGACUUUUCUUUUCGUCCUCAUCAUUUCUGUCUCUUGAAGAGAGCAACAAGAAAGAAAGCAGGAACAACACCACCCCAAACAUCAAUGGAAACCUCACCAAGACAUCGAGAUAAUCAAAACCCACAGUCUCUGUUUCCUUCACCAACUAGCUACAGCAGCAGCAGCAACAGCAACAGCAACAGCAGCUCCACCACCGCCACCACAAAUAAUGUUGCACUCAACAACAAUAUUAACCACCCUCCACCACUUCCAUCACCCAAACCCAUUUCCAGAUCCGAAUCCACUAACCCAUACCCGACAACUUUUGUCCAAGCUGACAGUUCUUCCUUCAAACAAGUAGUCCAGAUGUUGACUGGAUCACCCAAACCCAAACCUACAUGCACCACCACCACCACCACCACCACCACGACCCCCAACACCUCACAAGUCGACCCAUUACCUAAAACCCACAACAUCCCUCCAAUUAAAUCCAUGCCCAAAAAGAACCAGUCUUCCGGGUUCAAGCUUUAUGAACGUAGAAACUCACUCAAGAACCUCAAGAUCAACCCUUUAAAUCCAAUUUUUGCCCAACCCAGUUCAGGUUUUUCUUCAAGGAAACCAGAGAUCCUCUCCCCAAGCAUUCUCGAUUUCCCAGCUCUUGUUUUAAGCCCGGUUACUCCUUUAAUACCCGACCCGUUUGACCGAUCCGGAUCGGCAAAGUAUACUAAUAGUUUUAGUCCCAUUAACACCUCCACCACCAACAACAAUAACGUUGUUAAUGCUGAGGCAAUGGAUACUGAUGCAGAGGAGAAAGCAAUUAAAGAGAAAGGAUUUUACUUGCACCCGUCACCCGGAUCCUCACCAAGAGAAACGGAGCCCCGAUUGCUGCCUCUAUUUCCUAUUACCUCACCAAGAAUUUCAGGUUCUGUUAAUCCUUCAUCCUAAAUAAAAAGUGAUAGUAAUAAAUGUCAUUUUUAGUCCUUUUUUUGUGUAAUAUUUUUAUAUAUAAUUAUAUAUAUUGUUGCUGCCAUUGAUGUUGAUUAAGGUGGUGCUGAUUAUGAGUCUAAAACCAAAAAAAAUAAAAAAAUAUAUAUUGUAAUGUUGGAUAUUUGAAGAGAGUGAGAGGAUCUUUGCUUCAAUUGUAUAUUUCGAUGCUUGUUUUA